ACCCGCGGCUCCCCGCGCCACCGGCAGCGGCUCCGCCGGCCGCGGCGCGGCGCGGGCUGACGACAGCGGAAGCCCCGCGCGGGGGCCGGGGCCGGGCGGCGGCGGAGGCGGUGCUGCCCCGCCCGCCGCGGCGGCGGUGCCCUGCGCGCUGCCGAGCGGGGCCCGGCACAGCCCAGCCCGGGGGGGCGGCCGCCGCCGGGCGCCGCGCCGCUCUGAGGCACCGACCGAGCCCGCUCCGCUCCGCACCCCGCCGCCGGCAUGUCGGCGCCCUGCUGCGCCGGGCAGCUGGCCUGCUGCUGUGGUAUUGCUGCUUGUUCCUUGUGCUGCAAAUGCUGCCCCAAGAUAAAGCAGUCAACAAGUACCCGGUUCAUGUAUGCGCUUUACUUCAUCCUGGUGACUAUCAUCUGCUGCAUCAUGAUGUCAACAACAGUAGCGAACGAAAUGAAAGUGCACAUCCCUUUCUACGAGCAGCUGUGCAAGGGCAUUCAGGCGGGAGACAUGUGCGAGAAGCUGGUGGGGUACUCUGCCGUGUACAAAGUCUGUUUUGGAAUGGCCUGUUUCUUCUUUCUCUUCUUCUUGUUCACUAUCAAAAUAAACAACAGCAAAAGCUGCCGAGCCUACGUUCAUAACGGAUUCUGGUUUAUUAAGCUUAUACUUCUGGCAGCAAUGUGCUCAGGAGCCUUCUUCAUUCCUGAUCAGGACACUUUUCUCAAUGCCUGGCGCUACGUAGGAGCAACAGGAGGCUUCCUUUUCAUUGCCAUUCAGCUCAUCCUGCUUGUUGAGUUUGCACAUAAGUGGAAUAAAAACUGGACUGCUGGCGCAAAUCACAAACAGCUCUGGAAUGGUUUGCUGGCUCUGGUCACUCUCGUCUUGUACUCCGUUGCAGUGGCAGCCCUGAUUGUCAUGGCCGUCCUCUACACACGCUCCGAGGGCUGCACGUACAACAAGAUCCUCAUUGGUGUUAACGGUGGCCUGUGCCUCUUUGUGUCGCUGGUAGCCAUAUCGCCCUGUGUCCAGAAUCGCCAACCCCAUUCUGGUUUGCUGCAGUCGGGAGUCAUCAGCUGCUACGUCAUGUACCUCACUUUCUCAGCAUUAUCCAGCAAGCCUCCAGAAACUAUCCUGGAUGAAAACAAUCAGAACAUCACAAUCUGUGUACCUGAAUUUAGCCAAGGGCUGCACAGAGAUGAAAACCUCGUUACUGGCCUGGGUACUACCAUUCUGUUCUGCUGCAUUUUAUAUUCUUGUUUGACUUCAACAACACGUGCCAGCUCUGAAGCGUUGAGGGGAAUAUAUGCAACACCUGAAACUGAAGUAGCUCGUUGCUGCUUUUGCUGUAUGCCUGAUGGAGAUGCUGAUGCUGAAGAGCACACUGAAAAAAGAGGAGGCCAGACUGUGAUUUAUGAUGAAAAGAAAGGCACAGUGUACAGUUACGCCUACUUCCACUUUGUUUUCUUCUUGGCUUCACUCUAUGUGAUGAUGACAGUAACUCACUGGUUCCAUUAUGAAAGUGCUCAGAUUGAAAAAUUCUUCACUGGAACCUGGUCCAUCUUCUGGAUUAAGAUGGUCUCCUGUUGGGUUUGUGUCUUUCUGUAUUUAUGGACUCUAAUUGCUCCGCUCUGUUGCCCAACGAGACAGUUCUCAGUGUGAAGACUCAGAAGGUGCUUUCUUUUUUCCCCCCCUUCUGUUUUUCUCUUAGAAAGAAAGUACAGCAGUCACUUUAUAGUGAGGAAAUACCUAUUGCCCAGUUUUCAUAAUAUACUAGUUAGUAACUUUUAGUCAGACAAAACUAAUGGUUGAAGAAUUUUUUUAACCUUUCCUAAUUGUCAUGAACAAAUGGUGUCCCAGGGAAUGUCUCUGUUCAAAGAUUUUUGUAACACUAAUGUGUAGAGCGUAGGAAGCAUGAUUGUUACGUAAACUGGAAUAAGUGAAAUGCUUUUAGAAUAACUGACAAUCUUUCUCCAACUUCAUUGGCAAGAAAAGAAAAAAAAUGGUGGAAAUAUAUGUUCUUCCUUCCUGUGAAUGCUGGGUAUCUUCUAGCAAAUAUGCAUUCCUUUUUAUAGUCUUUUAUUAACUAUGUCUUUUACAGCAAUUGCAGUGAUGGUUUGGACUGCUGUUUUGUACAGCAUAUAAUUCUUUUAAGUAGUCUCCAGAUAUUUUUUUCCCCAAAAAUGCACCUAAAUACUUUUGUAGAAAUAGAAAAUAUGUAAGAAUUUGACUGCCAAAGCAUCUACUAAAAAUUGUUUAACUAAAUAUUAAAUAUAUUAAGUUAUUGCAAACCUAGUAUGAGAAAGGAAUGUACCAAUGAUAACAGAGUAUUUAUGCUAUUAUAACUUAAAAAGGCACCUGAAUAUUUUAUGUAAAUCCAAACUGGUCCAAUUAUUAACAGAAGGGGUGUUUUGCACACAAAUUCUUAAACUCUUAAUUUUGACCAGUUUUGCUUUGCCAGAUCCUUUAACUGCAAGCUGUUCUGUGCAGAGGUAUGAGAUACGGUACAUUCUUUAUUCAGAAUGUUUGCUGUUGCAGGAAUGCUAAUUACAGGAACACGAAUUACAGGAACAUUGCCAGUAACUGAUAACUUUAAAAGUGAAGUGCUCAGUUACUACUGUAACCUGCUGUUUCAGCUUGUAUCUAAAGAUUUCCCGGGCUCUUGUGUUCUGUUUUCAUUACCAGUUUUACAAUAUUUAAAAUGCAGUGAUAGUCAGAAAAAGGACUUCAGUGUGUUAUCUUCCUUUUCUGCCUGUGUUGGUUGGAAAAUGGUCUUUCUAACUUUAUAUUUUUAUACUUCUCUGUUAAUCAAGUUUUGCUAUGGGAAUGGGAGUUAGCCAACCACUCCAUUAAUAGAGACUAACCUUUUUUUGGAGAACUUAUGUUCUAAGCAGUGGGAUAAGCAGUCAAAAAAAUAAAACCAGAAAACCCAAAUGUGGCAGCAGCAGACUUAGUAAAAAUGGCUGACUUCAGAAUAUGAAACCCCACCACGUCGCUUUUAUUUGCUCUAAAUAGAUGAGUUGCUGGCAGAACAACACCUCAGACAUUUUUAAUGCUGAAUAAGGUUGGACUCACUUUAUAUAUCCACGUCCCUGUGGGAUAAACUUAUGACUUAUGUUAGUUUCAGAGUCUUCUCUCUCUCUCUCCCUCUCAAACUCUCGCUCUCAAAAGCAAAAUAUUCAGGAUAUAAAUCAACUUAUGUAGCAUUUCUUUUCUUAAAUACAGUUGAGCCUUAAAUCUUCACCCAAUGCUUUGUACAGAAUAAAGAAAAGCACAACACAGAGGCCCAUGAGAUGGCCAAAAUAUUUGCAUGUCUUACUUGUUCUGUUGCAGUAAUUGAUAGCUAAUGCACAGCUGGUGAAUAACCGUGACGUGCUAGAUACCAAUCAUGCCGUUGCUGUCUGUAACAUUUCUAGCUGCCUUGUUGCUCUGGAAUCGUGGGGUCCUGCCCUGCAGAGAGCUUGCUAGAGGUGCGAUCUUCCCAGCUCCAUGCACUCUCACCUCAAGCAAAACCCACAGAUCUGCAGUCCUGUAAACUUACAGUACCUACCCCUGUGAUCAGGAGCACACCAACCCUCAAAAUUCCCCUAUCAUGUAAUCUGAUGAGGAGGAAGACUGGGGGGGGAAAGUCUGCCCAGAGGUGAAACUCUUGCUCUUCUACUUGUUUGUUUCUAGGGGAAGAAAGUAGUUGAGUUAUGAAAGCCACAAAUAGCUCUGGAGAAUAGAGGCAGGCUUUUAUCUUUUCUCUUUCUUUCUUUUUUUUCUUUUUUGCUUCUGCUAGGAGGUUCUAAUCUUGCCAAGAGCUCUGAUAGCAUGAGGGCCCGUCUCUAUGUCUCUGCAUUUGAAGUCCAGCCGCACAGAUCUUUUUCCAGCAGGAAGACCUUUUUUAAUGCGUUAACAAACUAGAAGUGUUUAUCUGUCCCAUCUCCAAGAUGAGAGCUUAUGGACUGCGCAAUGAAGACUAACAGUCGUCUCUCCUAACUUGUAGCAGUUAUUCUGACAAAUGAUCUUGAUUCAAUGUUAGAACUGCAACUGAGAUAGUCCAGACUCUCACCCCCUCCCCAGGUAAAUGCUGCUCAGAGUCUUGCAGGAGUUGCCUUCUGGUCACAAAUAUCUUGUAGUAUAAGAAACCAAGCAUAUUUUAUUAAAAUGUUUUUUAAAGCAGAACAAUCUGUGGGCAAGGAGCCCUACAGAAGAAGGGCAUGCAAUAUGUCAACUUGUAGGGGCAGGGAACGGUGUAACCAUUCUCUGUGUCUAAUAACAAGCGUCUUGGUCACAAAUGUGGAUGAUCUUAGUACAUAUCUUGGUCAAUGGGUGUUUUUAUUUGUUUACAAAAAUGGUUACUUUGUGUAGGCAGUACCAGCCUACAUAAAGUCAUUGUAUGCCUCCUCGUGCUCAUUUAUUGUAGUUUGUAUUUAGGGAAAUAGCUUUUUUUAUGAAGGAAAUAGGGUCAUAAGAGGAAACUCCGGAGUGAGGCAUGAGUCUGUUCUUCUUACACAGCACUUGCCUUGCUAAGUUACUCCUUCAUCCUUCCAGUCCACCUGCUGUUGACCUUAAGUAUCAAGGUCUGCAGUAUACCUAGGAUGGGAAUGAGGCCGUGCGAGAGUCCUCUGCUUUGUCUGCUUCUAAGCUAGCAUUGUGGGAGAAGACUCCAAAAAUAACUUUUAGUUGGACCUGGCUGUCCACACAGAGGCCCCAGAUGCAGCUGUGGAUCUGAGGCCUUUCUGAGGAAACGGCGCCUCAGUGUGCAAAGCCUCUAUUUCCUUAGCGAGCAAUGGCUUCCUGCAGGGCAGGCAAAUAUGACAGACUUAACAUUAGUUGUAAAACCUGUACUGUGAACUUCCCACAUGCAACUGCUUCAUAAAAUCCUGAGCUGGGAUUUUUAAGAUUCAAAUGUCCAGUUCAUAGAUUGUGAACAGUUCACACAAAUGGGCUUUUUAAUUUUUUUUUAAGUGCCUUCGUACAUACUGCCCUCUGAGCUAAUAAUUCAGGUGGCACUGGAACUGUAAAACCUGACCUGAGCCUGUGGCCAGGUGGUCCUGCCUUGUGCGUUACACCUGGUGUGCACGCGGUGCAGUCGUACUCGCCGUGCGUGUGGAAGACCACGUAAUCUAUGCUUGAUGGGCUCCUGGGGGGGAGCCUGAUUUGGGAUAUGACUGUGCAGGGGAAGAUAAACUGGGAAAACUCACAGAUAGUCUGAUGCUUUAGUAAAUAAAUGAGAGUAGUUGUUGCUUACACUUGAAUUUAAACCUUGAGCAGAACUUUCUCUCUCCACACCUUCAAGUGCAGGUAGCUGCCCUGCUUGACGUGGUUAGCUGUGCCGUGUCUCUGCACGGACACGCACGUUGUACCACAACUGUUCUUGGGAUUUGCUCCUGAACAGAAACGGCCUGUGCUGUGUUUCUCUGCCCUAGUAUUUUUGAGCUGUGUGAAGUGAGAAAGCUGUCAGUUUUAAAGACAGGAAGACUAGAGAUCAUGUCCUCAUUUCCUCUAGUUUAACUUGAAUUUGAACUAGUGUUAUAGUUUAAUUGCCUCUUGGAGGAACGGGGGUGUUGGCAGAAGUUAGUUCUGCCGGGAGGAUGGAAUUAUUUUAUUAGUGUCGUCCUACUUUUUCAAAUUCCCUAUUGGAGGAAAAGUUAUUUGGAAGCUCACUGCUGCACUUCUGCCUGAGACUGGAACAAUUUUAUUUUUUCUCACAAAGGCAACUGAGAACCAAAAUCAUUAUUGGUUCUUUUCUGGGGUAGAACCAAGGGGACAGACUCGGAGAGCAAGUCUCCGAACCCAAACUCCUGAACUAACAAAUGAGACCACGAAAUCUUAUGAAGAACACAUGGAAAACAAAUGGAUCUGCUUGUUUGCUGUUUACCACCUGGUUCAUCAAAGUGUGCGGGCUGCCCUUGCAAGUGGAUGCUGGUUAAGGAACUGCACUGUGAUUGCAAAUCAGAAUCAUGCUUAUGUGAUACUUUUAACUUUGAACUUGAAGAGUUUCAAUGAGGUUUGAAAAGCUCAUGCUUACCCAGCCUAAUUCAAUAAAUCCUUGCUGGAUGGGCCACUUUCUUCUGAAACGGGUAAUUCAGUGUUGCUAAUAUAUAUGUAGUCUGGAAAGAGGGCUUGUUCCUCACAGAAUCGUGAACACUGCAUGUCUAUUUAUUUAUUUAUUUUAUGUUUUAGCACCUUUGCAAAUCUAGAAGAGCUUUGAGAUCAUAAGCUAUGCACAUAUAACUGCUUCACCAGCCACUAGUGCAGACAUUUUUGGGCUAGAACAUUGCUGUUAAGGCAGCCAUCCCACUUGCAAAACAGCUGAUUUCUAACAACUCUCUAUUUCUGACCAAUGCAUCAGGAGACUUUGGAAACUCCAGAUAUCACUAGUUUAACUUCAGCCAGCAGCCUGCAAUGUUAUGGGGAUCUCUGAACUGAUUGGUAACAAAAUAAUUCACUGUCCAUUUUUAUAACAUGCUAUAAAUGAUCUGUGCUAUGAACAAUUUAAGCUUUUCUCCUAAAUAAGUUUGUAAAACAAAGUACCAGGAGAUUAUGUAUGAACAGAUGAGCAAAAUUUUCUGCAGCUACAAUUUUAUUGUCAUCUUUACUUCUGAGCUUUAGAAGCAAUUGUAUAUCUUUUCCUUGCAGACCGUAUCCCUUCAUUUUAUUUCCCUUUUCUCCUUGGGUUUGUUUUUAAAGGCAUUGUAAACCUGCUUAGCUUGCACUCUGCUCCCUAUCGAUUGGGCUGUCUUCAGUGAUAGAAACUUCCUUGCCAGCUGUAGAUGAUCCUUUCCUUUUUAUAGGAGGACCUGCAGUGUUGAAGCAAAGUUGAGGAUCAUGACUUCAUAUUUGGAUCAGUUCUUUCUGUAUGAAAACUGUAUCUUUUGUUUUCUGAAGUGGCCUGGUCCCCCUUCUUUGCAAGUUCUUGUGGGAGGAUAACACGUAAUCAGUGCAGUGAAAUUUUACUUUGUGUGUGCUCAAUUUUGUAAACACUAGUUCAAACAGAGUGUUUCACAUGACUGUAAAAGGGAGUGCCAGGGGUCAAGGGCUUUUUAUACUCUUAACAGGAUAUGUAGCUUGGGAACUAAUACAUCUCUGUCUUUUCAACAUCCAAAAGGCGUAAUGCCUGAGUGUCCCAAAAUGAGGAUAUGGAUAAGCAGAGCAGUGUUUGGAACAGAAAUUUUGGCCUUGAGGUCAGAAGAUUGGCAUGACGACCACUUUCUAAUGCCGGAAGAAAUUUUGUAGUUUUCAAGUAGGCCUUAAAUCCACUUUUCCCAUGCCUGGUUUAGAAUGGUUCCCCACCUGCUUAAUAAUACAUUAUUAAAAAUAAAGUUUGAAUUUAUUUAAAAUAUGAACCAAAUUGGCUUCCCCCAUUUCCCAGUCUCUGAUAGCUCCGACUAUUGUAGCAUAUAAGCCGUUUGCACAAACUUCUUAGAGUUGCAGUUGUCAGCUUUGAAAUCUCUCCAACAUCUUAAAGCUUCCAAGGCUUUUGUUAGUCAGAGCUGCGGGGUGCAGCAGGGGGACUGUGGUUUUGCCAAAGAAUUCUCAGUCCGAAGCCAAGAAAAAUUUUGGAAAACUAUAGGGAAAUAAUGUAAUGUUACUCAUACCUUAGCUUUAUUUUUCUCUUACUGAUACAUGUCCAGGUGCUUAGGUGGUGUUGGACAUCUGUGCAAACUUAAAGUAAUGAAAAUAAAAUUUUCAACUUAUCAUGUAAAAGCUGGGAAAAUAUUUAUGAGGAACAUACAGUCAAUUGCCUGCUUUUUACUUACCACAGGUCUGUGGUGUUUAGUCUCUUGUGUGGCGUGUUCAAAAACUGGAUGCAAACUAUUCAAAAUGGAAAUACUUUUUCUUAAUGGUGAGGGGUUUUUACUUAGUCCUUUUUAAGGUUUUUAAUAUCUCAAGGGAACUUUUUUGGUGUGUACGUGUGGUUUUACUUUGUUAAGCUGUAGCCCAGUGAAACGGAGGUUAGCUAGUUUAUUUUACAUUUUUUGCAAAUGUUGUGGUCUGUAGUACCUGUAACACUUCUUUGAGACAAUUCUAAGAACCUGGUUGUAAAAUGGUAAACAGCUUUGCCUUUUUAAAGCAUGUUAAUGGUUUUUACGAACACUUCCUUUUGUAUACUGAGUGAAUGUAUUGUUAUAGAUUUAAUGUUUAAUGGACCAAUAAAGUUUUUCUUACGUUUGAAA